CUUUUUUCCAUAGAUUAAUCAGUCAAAAAUGCUUCGGACUGGAUCAGCACUGUUAUUCAGGCAGAUUGCCAGGCACAGAUCUACAGAUGCCAGUCUCAUCUUGGAGAGAUCCAUUAACCGGGUGCAGCUGCUGGGGCGUGUGGGUCAGGACCCUGUUAUGAGACAGGUCGAAGGUAGAAAUCCAGUCACCAUAUUCUCUAUGGCCACUAACGAGAUGUGGCGCUCUGGAGAAGGAGAAAUCUCACAGACAGGAGAUGUCAGCCAGAAGACAACGUGGCACAGAAUCUCAGUGUUUAAGCCUGGUCUAAGAGACGUAGCCUACAACUAUGUAAAGAAAGGGUCACGGGUUCUCGUUGAGGGGAAGCUGGACUAUGGCGAAUAUGUUGACAAGAACAACGUGAGACGGCAGGCGACCACCAUCAUUGCAGAUAACAUUGUCUUUUUGAGUGAAAUACGGGAUCGGGAAUGAAGGCUUUUUCUGGAAGCUCAGUUAACAAUACAUAGUGUAUUAUGAUAUUUUUGUUAUUUGUUCUUUUAUGUUUGUUCAGUAGUUGAAUGAAGGUAUUAUAAUUAUGUCUCACUUCCUUCUCUGACCACGAGCCUUUAGGUUUGACCAAACCUUACAGUGGACUUUGUCGAAAACAUUUUUGCUUUUAUUACUGACAUACUCUGUGUUAUAUUGUAAUAAAAAACUCCUGUCUUUAGGGAUUUGGUGUUCA